AUGGCUACCCCACAAACCGAUGAGAAUGCCUGGACAACCUUUGAAAAACUUUUACUUAUACAGGCUGUUUAUAAACAUGGAGAUAACUGGCUCGCCAUUUCGCGUACGAUGAAAAGUCAUCCAAUGGUUUCUCACCCUUCAGAAUUUUUCACUCAAAAGAACUGCAGUACUAAGUAUAAUACUUUAGUAGAUCCGUUAAAGAAUGAAGCAGAAAUUGAAGAUGAGCAUAAAAAGAGAUCUGGAGAAUAUGUAAAUGACAAGCAACGUAUGCCUUGGACCGCGAAAUUGGCUCGACAACUUUAUCAUGAACGUAUUGCUGAACUAAAAUCAUUAAUAACGUCAGACGAACAAAUAUUUCGGAAACUUGUAACCGAGAUUGAUGAAAUUAAGUCGGGACAAUGGGAUAAUAAAUUUGCUGAGGCGAUAAAAGAAGAACAAAAAAAGAAAGAUCAAGAAAAGAAAGUAGCAGGUGACAAUGUCUCUAAAAUAUUAACGGUAGAAGUACCUAAAGGGUCAACUGAUGUUUUAGUUUCUGAUGCAAAUAAGGCCGAAUCUUUAGUAGCUGAGAAGAUUCUUCAACCUGCAGUGAACAUUGACAAGAAUGAUACAACCGCCACAAUAUUAGAAAAAGAAACUAUAAUUAAUAAAAAUGUAGAGCCACAAGUAGCAAGAGUCAAAACUAAACCAUCAACCGAAGUUGCUCCAACAUCAGAAGAUAUGAAAUAUGACGAAUCCUCUUCUUUGAAGUUAUCAUCAAGACCUAUCGAAGUUGAUGAGGAUAUGAUACAACCACGAACACCAUCAACUCCACUUCCUAAUCUAAAGGAUAACUUGAUUAUCGUUCCCUCAAAGAGUCAAAAUGUUCAACAAGUAUUAACAAUUAAUGCAAGUACUGAAGAUGAUAAAUUACGAAGAGGCAAUGUUGAUCAGCUUAUGGAGGAAGUAGUUGAUAUGAUGGAUAUUGAUGAUGAGAAACUUAAAGAAAAGUCUAUGAAUUUAUUUUCAAAUUUUCCUACACAAGAAUCAAUAUUAGAAACAGAUAGUUCUAAAGUUAACAAAGCGACUGUUUCUCCUAAUACAGAAGAAUCUGUCAAUAUAACAGAUACUCCACGAACUGUCGGUUGUGAUAUUGCAAUGGAUAUUGAUGAACCUCAAGUAGAAAUUAUCUCAACAGACGAUGGUAUCGAAAGUCCUUCAAAAGUUCACCUUUCUGAGAGUCGUGUAACUUCACCAAUCUCAAUUGAAGAAGUAGAAAUAACUAGUAAUCAAGAAAAUAUAAUAUUUAAAGAACAGCAUGAAUCGAAAGUUCUACCUCAUAAAAUUACUGCUAAUGAAAAAGUUGAAGGUAAAGAGAUUGUUGGAGCGAAAGGCAAGGAACAAGAAAUUUCUGAGACUAAAAUAAAACAAUCAGUGGGUUCAACAAAGGAAGAAGUUUCACCUUAUAUAAUAGAAUCAUUAUUCACUGAACAAGAAACCAAGUCGGAUAAAAUAGAAAAUAUUUCAGUAGAGAUCCAAGAGGAUGAUGGUGAAGAUGUGCGUAUGAUUGAUUUAUCGACUCUUCCCGAAGAAAAUGAGGAUAUCGAAAAAUAUAUUUCGAUAGGAAAGGCCCCUACACCUUUGAUAGAAUUAAAGGAACCUUCAACUUCUGGUGCUGGUUUAACGUCCACUACACCAGUUGCCGUCGUAUCGUCAACUUCUUCGAAUGCAGCACCUUCACCUUCUGGAGAUCUUAUCCCUUCAACGCCGCCUCCUCUUGACACGGCACCAACACCAAGCGGAGAAACUCCAGAUGAUAAAAAACUUAAGACAUGGCAGAAAUUAGUUUCUAUGAUACUACUCGAAAUUAGUAAUCAUCGGUUUGCUAGCGUUUUUCAAAACCCAAUCAGGGAUCAAGAUGCACCCGGUUAUUACGACAUAGUAAAACAAUCAAUGGAUUUAAGAACGUUGAAAAAACGGCUUCGUGAAGGGACUAUCUAUGACACCAAUUUAUUUCAUCGUGAUCUAAUGUUAAUGUUUAUGAAUGCCUCGGUAUUUAACAGAGAAGAAACAGAUAUCCACCAAAUGGCGUUAGAAAUGAAAGAUCACGUCGAAACACUAAUUGCGGAAUUUAAACGAAGCGAAGGUACAGGAGGAACGCAUGAACCAGCUACACGAAGAAAGAGUAUGGCCAUAGACGGCAAUGAAGCUGCCUACUUCACAAGUGACAGAAGAAGUGAAAUCGAUAGAACUAUUGUAACAGGUUCUUCACGAAGUGGUAAAUUCAAGAAUGAUGCUGCGGAUCAACGCCAAACAAAGAAGCCCAAAAGAUUAUCUAUUUCAAAAAAAUCCGAAAAGGAUAUCUAA